AACGCAUUUUCCCAAGGACAUGAAGAUUGUUUUUAACCCAGGCAGACAACCGUGGCAAAACACUAUUUUUACUCGUUCAAAGCUACGCAUUUUAUCGUAAAACAACAAAAAAAAAAUGCGUUAUAAUAUGUACUUUUGAGACAUCAGAGCGCGUUUUCCCAAGGACAUGAAGAUUUUUUAACCCAGUUAGACAACCGUAACAAAACGCUAUUUUUACGCGUUUAAAACCACACAUUUUUUGGUAAACAUAACAAAAAAACGCGUUCAAUCGUGCGCUUCUAAGACGUAAAAACGCGUUUUUGCGUCGUUUUUAUCUGACUGAAUAGAACCAGAUUACCUUAAAAAGUAAUUGGUAGGAUUUUAUUACAUAAUGGAAACAGAAUCGUAAGAAAAUAUUUAUUGUAUUGUCGUAAAUAUUAUGUUUGAAGUCAGUGUAUGUUGCCAUAGUAUGUUAUUAGUUAAAAUGUAUUAAAAAAAUAAAAUUGUACUUUACUUCAGAAAAUUUUUAACAUAUGUACUGAAGAGAACGAGUAAACAGAAUCGACUUUAUAUCAUAAAUAGGUCACUUUAAAGCACUUAAGUGCAGUUAUAUUCCACCUGAAUGUAUCUUUCUUUUUGUAUUAAAAAGGAAACGAAAUCAUUCUUCCAAAUUGAUGUGUUUCUUUUGAAUUUAUUCCAUAUAGAUAUUACUCACAUCCCGCGAUUUUAAUCCUUGCAUAAUAUCAUACUCUAUUAAACUUAUUCAAUGAAUUUUUUGUUUUUCUACAAUUUUAGAAAUAGCGUGAAAUUAGAAUAAACUAAUUUAUAUUAAAUAUAUGUAGGCAUAUGUUCAAUUUAUACUUUUAAUCAACUGAUAAUAGUACAUAAAAUAUUAAAUAUCGCAUAUUUUAUUAUAUACGUCAAAUAGACAUGAUAAUAAACUUAUUGCCAUGUUUUACUUCAGAAAAAAAAAAGAAAACGAAGAAAUCAUGCAGCUAUAACUUCAACUGUAAAAGACUAGGAAGUAAAUAGUUAGAGGACAAAUAAUUGACGUCACAGUUUUUUCUGUUCUCUUCUCCACAACUUUUUUUUUUUCAUUUCUAUUUAUAACAUUGCGUUCUUUAUUUUUUUUACAAAUAGGCAAACAUUUUUUUUUAUGCGUUAUGUUAUAUUAAACGUAAGUAAUGUGUAUGAUUUUUCAAAAUAACUAUUGUUAUUUAUAAGAUUUAUUUACUAAAAAAACUUUAGAAUAUCAUGAAGUAGAAAUCUUUUAAAUUAAUUUUUUUUGCUUCAUAUUAUAGUUAAUUCAUAAUUUUUUAAGAUUAAAUGACAUCCGGAAAAAAAGUGUUUUUAUGUUCUUGUUAACCUCUAUGAUAAAGAGAAAAAAAAUUAGAUGUUAAUUCUAUUCUAUAUAGAAACAGGUAAUUAUUCCAACUAAAAAAAAACGAGAUAACUAGUAAAUAUAGAGGUCAUAUUUAAUAUUCUAAUAAGUUCGAAAUACAUCCUUCUCAAUGUUCAACCGUAGAUGUUCUUUUUCCCUGACAUAAAAUAUAAGAAGAAAAAAAACAUCGUCUUCGUCUCCUCUAUGAGUGACAUUCUUCAUAUUUAUUUUGUGAUGAAAACAUGUCAUUAAUCUAUAAGCGUAAAAAGAACUUAUACUUUUUUUUUUCUUUAUAAGUUUCAUAUUAUAGGGAACAUUAAAUAGUUUUAUACUUACUUUUCUAUUCAGAAUAUAUUCUAUUAUUAAUCGAUUGUAGACAUAAAAUUUAUUAUAUAAUUUUAUUUAUAGAUUUUCAAAAAAUUAUUUUAUUAUCAAUAAUAUAGAAUCCAAUGGCAUUUCUUUUAAAUCCUGUACGACAUAGACGUUCAGUUUCGCCUGUAGUUCAAAGUUUACUUGAAUUAUGUGUUCAUUAUCAACAACAACAACAAAAUAAUCAAAAUAAUUUAACAUCAGCAUCUAAUGUAAAUACAAAUGAUGUAAAUGAACGAUCAAGACAAAAGAUUAAAUUAUUAGUUAAACGAAUAAAUAAAUCAAAGAAAAAUGGCUCGACUGAAGAUCUUGUACAAGCUAUUUUACAUAAAAAUUCAACAUCAUCAUGUAUUACUAUACCACGGUCACCUGAUGCCUCCAAAGAUCAAUCAUCACCAUCAAAUCUAAUCGUUGAAUAUUGUCGUCUUUGGCGUUGGCCGGAUUUAUCCGGUCAACAUGAACUUAAACCUAACGAUUAUUGUCGUCAUGCAUUCCAUUAUAAUCAUGAUCAUAUUUGCAUUAAUCCAUUCCAUUAUGAACGUGUACCACGUUCAUAUUCCGUUGAUGUUCCACGUUUACCAGUUGGAGCUCCGUUUGAUAUACGCUCAGCAUCAAUAGGUGAUACACUAUUCAAUCAAAUGCCUCCAAAUACAGCAUUCGGUCAAAUGCCACAAAAUACAACACAUCAGGAUCCAUCGGUACCAAUACCAUCUCCACCAGUAUCAUUACCAUCUCCUCCUAGUAUUACUUCUCAAGAUUCUUUUCUUUCACCAAGUUCUGAUGCUAAUAAUGAUGAAAAUCAACAAGAACCAGUAAUUCCAAUGGAUUUCGAUGAUAUAUCGACAAUGUCAUUAAAUUCUCAACAAGAACAAACUUCUCCUUGUGAACGUAUAUUAUUUCAAGAACCACGUGAAUGGUGUCAUAUAUCUUAUUAUGAAUUCAAACAUCGUGUUGGUGAACCAUUUCAUGCAACACAACCUGAAGUUAUUAUUGAUGGUUUAACAAAUCCAUCCGAUGGUGAACGAUUUUGUUUGGGUAGUUUAACAAAUAUAAAUCGCACAGGUGAAAUCGAACAAGUCAGACGUCAUAUUGGACAAGGAGUUAAAUUAUUUUAUUUACAAGGAAAUUUAUUUGCGGAAUGUAUGUCAAAGAAUCCUGUUUUUGUACAAAGUUUAAUAGCAAAUAAAAGAUUUGACUGGCAUCCAGCUACUGUUUGUAAAAUUCCACCAAAUGUUACCUUAAAAAUUUUCGACAAUGAGGAUUUUCGUCAAAUAUUAGCUCAAGCUGUUCGAGAAGGUUUUAGAUCUGUUCAUAAUUUAACGCACAUGUGUACUAUUCGUAUGAGUUUUGUUAAAGGAUGGGGUGUUGAGUAUGGAAGACAAGCAGUUACAUGUACACCAUGUUGGGUAGAAAUACGUUUAGAUGGUCCAUUUAAAUGGCUUGAUACAAUUCUUUCGACAAUGCAGCCAACUGAAUCAGUUACAAGUGUUUCUUAA